AUGAGUCAACUCGAGGAGAGUAUCAUAACUGCCAAGGACAGCGGAUACCCCCCAAAACUUUCGAAAGAAAGACUUGAAAGCCUUGCCGUCAAUGAACGAGACGACAUCUAUCCCACAAUCCUUCCAAGUUUCUGUCAGUCUUCAGUAAUACCAUCAAAACGAAGUCCUCUUGUACGAAGCAACCUUUGCACGCAAUGUGCAAAGAUUGAUCUCGACGCUCUACUAUCGAGGCCACACAAAACCCAAGCUGGUCAGCUAGCGAAGAAUCUCAGCCCAGUUCCCAACUGGAAAAUUGAGUCUUGCGCCUUGUGUAGCUUGCUAUCUUCAACCAUGGACCUACAUUAUUGGCCAUCUGGGAGGAAAGUACCACUUAGAACCUACUCAUCUAACAAAAUGAAAGAUAAGGCAUGGAAUUCAAUCAACACGAACUUGUUGGAAGCUGGGCACAGUGAGAGGUAUAUCAUUUCACAGCCCGAGGGCAUGGAAGGUCCUGUCAGAAUUAUAAAGGACGAAAUUGAGAAGGCCAAUUUUGAAACCGUUAAGAGUUGGAUCAGUCUUUGUCAAAACAAGCAUACGAAAAUAUGCUCCAUCGCGGACCCUUCCUUCGUCCCAGGUCUUAAGUUGAUCGAUUGUAUAACUAGCGACAUCGUCCUGGCAAAAGAUAAGCCCUACGUGGCGUUGAGCUAUAUCUGGGGAUCAAGCACCGAAGUUUCUGAGAAUCCGAGCAAAUUACCAGAAACCCUGCCAAACACAAUCAAGGAUGCCAUUAUUGUAGCAAAAGAGCUUGGAUAUCGCUAUCUUUGGGUUGACAGGUACUGCAUCGACCAGGCAAACGAAGGAGAAAAAGCCGAUCAAUGCGGAAAGAUGGACAUAAUAUACCAGAACGCUGAACUCACCAUAAUUGCAGCUAUUGGUCAGGACCCGAGUUAUGGGCUUCCCGGCGUUAGUCUAAGAAAAAGGAAACCUCAACAUUUGACGACUUGCUCAAAGAUUGGGAAACAUUUCUUGAUCUCCACCCAGUCUUGGUCAAAAGAAGUGGUUGAAACGACUAAAUGGAAAACUAGAGCCUGGACAUAUCAAGAAGGUUUGUUGUCCAGGAGGCGACUAGUUUUUGCGGAGGAACAAAUGUACUUCGAGUGCUACGGGAUGUAUUGCUACGAGUCGGUCCAAUUUCCGCUUCAAACUCUGCAUAGGAAAGAUAUGCAAAGCUUCAAAAGCGUUUUCUGCUCCGAAAAAUUGAUUGGAAUAUUUCCGAAGGGGGUUGGAACUACAAGUAUUGAAAUAGUUCAGCGUAUUGAAGAGUACUCAGGACUCAAUCUCACAAAUCCUUCAGACAUUCUAAGAGGGAUGUUGGGAAUCUUCAAUGCAUUCCAAAGAAGUCGCCUGGGUAUCUACCACUGCUUGGGCAUACCGAUCUUGCCUUCGAUAGCGCAGGGGGUUAAGCCGAUUGAGGGGUGGACGCCGUCCAUGGGAUUUUUCUUCGGGUUAUUUUGGGACCUACAAGAACGAUCAGAAAGAAGGAAUGGCUUUCCGAGCUGGUCUUGGACUGGUUGGUAA